AUGAAGCUCGCCCAGGUGUUCCUCGCGCUUCCUCUCCUCUCCGCCGUCAAUGCCCUGCAUUUCUACUUUGAAUCUGAUGAAAAGCGGUGUUUCUUGGAAGAAUUACCGAGUGAAACAAUUGUAGAAGGCCACUACAAGGCGUUUUUAUGGGAUGAGCAGCAGAACCAGUGGAAGCCGGAAGAGGCUAUGGGCAUCCAUGUGACUGUCGACGAAUUGUCGUCUGGCCACAAUGUGGUCAACACCCGCGGUCCUCCUGACGGACGAUUUACUUUUACCUCCCACGAGCCUGGAGACCACAACAUCUGCUUACACUCCAACAUCACUGGUGGAUGGCUCUCCAACCAACACAUCAAGAUGUACCUUGAUCUCAACGUCGGCUCUGCCAAGAUCGACCAAUCCGACGACAAAUCCCACGUUACCACCCUCUCCUCCAAGAUUCGCGAGCUCAACGUCAAGGUCGCCGACAUUCAGCGUGAACAACGCUACCUGCGAGAAGUGGAGGCAGACUUUAGAGAUGCGAGUGAAUCAACCAACACGAGGGCUGUCUGGUGGAGUCUCUUGCAGAUCGUGGUGCUGAUUGCGGCUGCUGGAUGGCAAAUGAGACAUCUCAAGGUCUACUUUGAAGACAAGAAACUCAGAUAA